AUGGAGGAGAAUAUUGUUUCAUUGGAUGCACAUAUAAUCUUGGAAGAACCCUUAAAAAGCCUAGUCCUAGAUGAACCUUCAAUUGGAAUGUGUUUUGACAGUGUCGAGGAUGUGAAGGUUUUUAUCGACAAUAUGCAAUUUCAAAGGGAUUUGGUGUUCACACACGAAGUUCAAAGACUGACGAAGACAAGAACAUCAGAUACAUUGUCAUGGAAAGAUUUCAAGUGGUACAUUUCUGCAUUCAAUGAUAUUCAUUGUCAUGAUCUAAGUCCUAGAAAAUCAAGGCUAUUUAGAGGCAACCGAAAGAUCAAUCUACAAGGCAAAAGAGCUCUUGAUAUUAACGAUGAGGCGGGGGUGAGGAUUAAUAAGAGUUUUAGGUCUUUGGUUUGUGCUUCAAGAGGAUAUGAAAAUAUGGAAUUUGUAGAACAAGAUAUUAGAAAUUACUUGAAAUAUCAAAGAAGGGCAUUAUCAAAGGGUGAUGAUGGGAAAUCCCUUCUGACACAUUUUUCACGAAUGAGGGAAUUGAAUAAAAAUUUCUUUUAUGAAAUAGACAUGGAUGAUGAUAAUUGUAUAAGGAAUGUGUUUUGGGCAAAUGCCCGUAGUAGAGCUGUUUAUGAAUAUUUUGGAUAUGUGAUCUCAUUUGAUACUACAUACUUGACAAAUAAAUAUGAUACGCCGUUUGCCCCAUUUAUUGGUGUCAACCACCAUGGACAAUCUAUUCUGUUGGGUUGUGGGUUGUUAUCUUCAGAAGACACAAGCUCAUUUGUUUGGUUAUUUGAAACUUUUCUAAGGUGUAUGUACAACAAAGCACCACAGGGCAUUGUCACAGACCAAUGUAAGGCAAUGAGAAAUGCCAUUAAACUUGUGUUUCUUAUAACUCGACACAGAUUAUGUUUGUGGCAUAUAAUGAAAAAAAUUCCAGAGAAGUUACAAGGAUAUGCAACAUACAAAUACAUCAAAGAAGACCUUAAAGAACUGAUUUAUGAAUCUCAAUCUAUUGAUGAAUGUGUCUUCAAAUGGGAAACAUUUAUUUCUAAGUUUGGCUUGGGAGACAUUGACUAG